UUAUAAGGCGGGAAGGCUGUUGAACUUGCUAGUCUCGCAGUGAACCGCCAAGGAGGAAGGCUGGUCCGAGCUCUGUCGGCUCUUGGAGGAUUCCCUUGGGGAAGGCAAGGAAGGGACGACCACCUUACGACCCCAGAAACCAGAGCGAACAUGGCGCUGGUGCUGCUUUUCCUGGUACACUUGGCGACUGCAACGGCGAGCGGACUGGUUGGCUUCGGACAGCUUGACGGCUCGCCCUUUGACCAGCCGCACCUGCAUCCUCACACCUUUCUGUUGACGCCGCAACUGAUCCGUGUUCGAGGUUAUCCUUCAGAGAUCCAUCAAGUGAUAACUGACGAUGGAUAUAUCCUCGAAAUACACAGGAUUCCCCACGGACGAAACGGAGGGUCGAGGAACCAGAAUAGGAUACUCCCUUCAGCAAGAAACGGCAACGGGAGACGGGAAAAUCGACGUGUGGCGUUUAUCCAGCAUUGUGUGUUGUGUUCCAGCGCGGAUUUUGUGAUGAACGAUCCUGACCAGGCGCUAGCCUUCAUACUGGCGGACGCGGGCUACGACGUGUGGCUAGGGAACGCGCGAGGAAACAUCUACGGUCGACGCCACGUCCGCCUCUCACCCGAAGGAUCUGAGUUUUGGGAUUUCAGCAUGAACGAAGUAGCAAGAUACGACAUACCUUCCAUGCUGCGUUACGUCAGGGACACGACAGGGGCACAGCGCGUGUACUACACAGGGCACUCCAUGGGCACCACCGUCUUCUUCGCUAUGAUGAACUACCAUCCACACAUCAACGAUUGGAUUCACGUGAUGGCUGCCAUGGCCCCGGUCGCUUACAAGGACCACGCGACCAUUUACAAGCUCUAUGGCCCCCUCAUCCAGUCCGCUUAUAGGAACAUGGAGCGGAUGGGCGUCGUGGAAGUGGGAAGGCUGACCGCCAACUACUCGGAGGCCACGGCAUCGCUAUGUGCCCCUCUUGCCCCCACCAAGCCCGUGUGCGACGCCGUCCGAAUGCUUGCACUUGGCCCCAACUCCGGCUACAUCGAUAAGGCGUACCAACCUGUGAUCCUGGCCCACAUCCCAGCUGGAAUGUCACUCAAUGUCCUGAAGCAUUUCCAGCAGUUCCACACAUCGCACGACUUCCAAGCCUAUGAUUACGGUCGACAACGGAACAUGCGGGAGUACGGGAGACCUUCUCCUCCGAGCUUCUCCUUCAGGGGAGUGCGCGCGCCCGUCGGCCUCCUCUACUCUGACGGGGACUGGGUCUCGGAUACGCUGGACGUCAGGAGAAUGGCCCAGCAACUCCCCAACCUUGUCCUCGACUACCUGGUUCCUCUCGCCGACUUCAACCACAACGACUUCCUCUGGGCUGAGAACGCCAAUCGCCUGGUCUACGAUAGGAUACUGAAUCUCUUCCGAAAGUUCUAGGUACCUAAGCGAGAUGGGCGGAGCUUGGAGUACCAAAAAGGGCGGGUGGUGGCAGCACCUUUUCGUUGUGUGGCGUUUGUUAGGCGAUGAAAUGUCUUGUUGUUAUCCUUUGUUAUUUUUCUCUUUCUCUGUUUCCGAAUCUUUAUGUUAUAGCGACAUCUUGAGUUUGUUACGUUACAUUGUUUUCGUUUUAUUUAUAGAAUGGUGUUUGUUUGUGUACAU